AUGUUUUGUCCGCCUUGGGAAGCUCCCGGCGAUCGACGUCAGCGCUUCAACGCCUCCACGCUUCAACAACUCCUCAGGGCGAGCACCUCGAACACCGACUGCGUUCAGAAGCGCACGCCUAUAGCGGGGAUGACUACACUGCACCCUGACUCCCACAGCGACAUCCAGGAUGAAUCUGUCGACCCCUCAGCGGCUCCGUCUAGGUCCAGCACGCCGCAUACCCCCAGCAGGGAUCGCAGCCUCAGUAUAGAUAGUGUGCGACCACCUUUACCUCCGCGGCCGAACUCAUUGAACUUGUUGAACGAUGAAACGGCAUUCCGGGCCAGUCUACAAGCAGAGGCUACAACGGCUGUUUCUCGAGCAGACAUCGAUACACAGGCACCAGAUGCCGGCAAUGCACACUCUACUUUGGCUGUUCGUGGCGUGCCCCGGGGACUGAAAGCGAAGGCGAGUCUAAAUCAGCUGGCUAGUCCGAAAGGAAGCGAAGCCGGAGACUCAGCCAGUAUUCGGAGUUCGAUUCAGAACGGCGAUAUUGGUGAUGUUGAGGCGCUCUUCAGGGACUUUGUUACCGCAGCGCCUGGGGACCAUUCAGAUGCUGCAAGUUUGCUUCACUUUCCUGAAUUUCCGGCCGAUGAUGUCGACGACACUGGGUUCCUGAGCGAGUUUGAGCCAGUCGGUGAACUGAAUGAAGAAGCCGGCAAUGAAGACCUGCUUCUUCAACGGUGGAAGGCAAAGCAAAAGCACUACCUCAUUCUAUCCGCAGCAGGCAAGCCAAUUUGGACUCGACACGGUGACGGUGGGCUGAUAUCAACAUAUGUUGGUGUUAUCCAGACCAUAAUCUCAUUCUAUGAGGACGCAGGCGAUCAACUACGCAGUUUCUCUGCAGAAGACUCGAAGUUCGUUAUUGUGACUCGCGGGCCUCUCCAUUUUGUGGCCAUCAGCCGCAUGAUGGAGAGCGACAAUCAGCUCCGGCUUCAACUGGAGGCCCUGUAUAUGCAGAUUUUGUCCACGCUGACCCUCCCCUCUCUCACACAUCUCUUCUCCCUUCGGCCAUCUACCGACCUGAAACGACCACUUCAGGGAUCGGAGACUCUCCUGUCCUCGUUGGCAGACAGUUUCACGCGUGGAUCGCCAUCCACCCUACUCUCAGCUUUGGAGUGUCUCAAGAUUCGCAAGGUACACCGCCAAUCUAUCAACAACGCACUUUUAAAGACAAAGGCCACCAAUCUGCUUUACGGGUUGGUUGUCGCCGGUGGACGGCUUGUAAGUGUUGUCCGGCCCAAGAAGCACUCGCUCCAUCCGGGUGAUCUACAGCUUUUAUUCAACAUGAUCUUCGAGGCCGAUGGUGUCAAGGCCGGGGGAGGAGAAAGUUGGAUUCCUGUCUGCCUUCCUGGCUUCAACAGUAGCGGCUACCUCUAUAUGUAUGUCAGCUUCCUUGACCUCCGAGACGAUGUCGACGAAAAUGAGGAUAUCUCCAAAGAUGAGUCUGUCGCCAUUGUCUUGAUCAGUCCGGAUAAAGAAAGCUUCUUCGAGAUGCAGGAGAUGCGUGAUUCCCUUGUAGGGCAAAUGGAAAAGAACGGCAGUCUCAAGGUGAUAAAAGCCGCAAUCGACCAGGGGCGACCAGCUACCACCGACAUUGUCCCUGGGUCUGUCUUGCAUCAUUUCUUAUAUAAAUCGCGUGCAAACGUGCAAUUUACCAUGUCAUCCUACUCCCCUGAAUUUACUUCAAUAUCUCGACGACGAAGAUUGAUGUCAAUAUACAACAAUCUCCAUGGGAGCAUCCACGCCAAGAACACCAGCGUUAAAGUGCACCACUGCGUCUCGCGGUCAGCAAGCUCAUUCGCUUGGAUGACCGCGGUGUUCGAGCUCUACUGCAUUGCCGAGCCUAACGCGAAUAGAAACGCGCUGGUGCAAAGCGCAGCCAAGAUUGCCCAGUGGGUACAUCAAGAGGAAGAAAGACUUUUCAUCAUCGGUGGAGCUGUAUGUGCUGUUCUGACUUGCCUCGCUCCCACACAAACACUAACUUCAAAGCGCAGGUUUUCUGAUUAA